AUGCUCGUCGUCGGCUUCGUCUUACUGCUCGGCUUCGGCAUCUUCGAGUGGCUCGUGGCGCCAGUCCCAAUGAUCAACUUCACCUUCCUCUCAGACCGGACGGUGGUCGGCGCUUGUCUGUUGGAUGCAACGUAUCAGGUCGCUUACUACUGCUGGGCCAACUACUUCAGUUCCUUCCUGCAAGUCGUCAACAACCUCUCCAUCUCCGAAGCCGGCUACGUUGGUAAUGCUUCAGACGUCGUCUCCAACCUCCUCCUCUUCCUAGUCGGCUACUCCAUCCGCCGCACGAACCACUUCAAAUGGCUCCUCUACCUCGCCGUCCCCCUCUACAUCCUCGCCCAAGGCCUGAUGAUCUACUUCCGCCGGCCCGACCAAUCCGUCGGCUACCUCGUCUUCACGCAAGUCCUCAUCUCCGUCGGCGGCAGCAUCUUCGUCAUCGUGUUCCAAGUCGCCGACCUCGCCGCCGUCGACCACCAACACGUCGCUGCCGCGCUUUCCCUGCUGUACGUCGUAGGCACGGUUGGGGAUGCGCUGGGCGCAACGAUCUCGGGCGGGAUCUGGACGAAUACUUUUCGUGGGGCGCUGGUGAGGAAACUUCCGCCUUCGGCGAGGGGGGAUUUGCAGGCGAUUUAUGAGGGGUUGGAUAAGCAGCUUUCGUAUGCGGUGGGGACGAAGGUGCGGCUGGCGAUCCAGGAGGCGUAUGGGUAUGCGCAGACGAGGAUGCUGGCGGCGGGGACGGAAUUUAUGGGGUUGGGGAUUGUUUGGACGUUGAUGAUGAGGGAUAUUAAUGUGGGUGAAGUGGCGCAGGUGAGGGGGACGGUGUUUUGA